AAAAUGGUACACAUGAAUGUCUUGGCAGAUGCUCUCAAAAGCAUUAACACUCCUGAAAGGAGAGGUAAAUGCCAGGUUCUUAUUAUGCCAUGCUCCAAAGUCAUUAACCAGUUUCUAACUGUGAUGAUGAAGCAUGGUUACAUUGGUGAAUUUGAGAUCAUUGAUAAUCACAGAGCUGGGAAAAUUGUUGUGAACCUCACAAGCAGGUUAAACAAGUGUGGAGUGAUGAGCUUCAGAUUUGAUGUACAACUCAGAGAUCUACAAAAAUGGCAGAAUAAUCUCCUGUCCCACCAGUUUGCUUUCAUUGUACUGACAACCUCAGCUGGCAUCAUGGACCAUGAAGAAGCAAGACAAAAACACCCAGAAGGGAAAAUCCUGGCAUUCUUUUUCUAA